AUGGCCGAGCCCUGUCUCAGACUACACCCAAGGCCGAGCCCCAUCUCAGACUACACCCAAGGCCCGCCUUAUCUAGGACUACACCCAAGGCCCAGCCUAUCUCAGACUACACCCAAGGCCAAGCCCUAUCUCAGACUACACCCAAGGCCCAGCCUAUCUCAGACUACACCCAAGGCCCAGCCUAUCUCGGACUACACCCAAGGCCCAGCCUAUCUCAGACUACACCCAAGGCCGAGCCCUAUCUCAGACUACACCCAAGACCCAGCCCUAUCUCAGACUACACCCAAGGCCGAGCCCUAUCUCAGACUACACCCAAGACCCAGCCCUAUCUCGGACUACACCCAAGGCCCAGCCUAUCUCAGACUACACCCAAGGCCAAGCCCUAUCUCGGACUACACCCAAGGCCCAGCCCUAUCUCAGACUACACCCAAGGCCCAGCCCUAUCUCGGACUACACCCAAGGCCCAGCCUAUCUCAGACUACACCCAAGGCCGAGCCCUAUCUCAGACUACACCCAAGGCCCAGCCCUAUCUCGGACUACACCCAAGCCCCAGCCCUAUCUCGGACUACACCCAAGGCCCAGCCCUAUCUCGGACUACACCCAAGGCCCAGCCCUAUCUCGGACUACACCCAAGGCCCAGCCCUGUCUCGGACUACACCCAAGCCCCAGCCUAGCUCAGACUACACCCAAGGCCCAGCCUAUCUCAGACUACACCCAAGGCCCAGCCCUAUCUCAGACUACACCAAAGGCCCGGCCCUAUCUCGAACUACACCCAAGGCCCAGCCCUAUCUCGGACUACACCCAAGGCCCAGCCUAUCUCAGACUACACCCAAGGCCCAGCCCUAUCUCGGACUACACCCAAGGCCGAGCCCUAUCUCAGACUACACCCAAGGCCAAGCCUUAUCUCAGACUACACCCAAGACCCAGCCCUAUCUCAGACUACACCCAAGGCCCAGCCUUAUCUCAGACUACACCCAAGGCCCAGCCCUAUCUCAGACUACACCCAAGGCCGAGCCCUAUCUCAGACUACACCCAAGGCCAAGCCUUAUCUCAGACUACACCCAAGGCCCAGCCCUAUCUCAGACUACACCCAAGGCCCAGCCCUAUCUCGGACUACACCCAAGGCCCAGCCUAUCUCAGACUACACCCAAGGCCCAGCCCUAUCUCAGACUACACCCAAGGCCCAGCCCUAUCUCGGACUACACCCAAGGCCCAGCCCUAUCUCAGACUACACCCAAGGCCCAGCCCUAUCUCAGACUACACCCAAGGCCCAGCCCUAUCUCAGACUACAUCCAAGGCCCAGCCUCUCGGACUACACCCAACGCCCAGCCCUAUCUCAGACUACACCUAUCUCAGACAAAAAGUGUCUAA